AUGAAAAAGAAUAAGGUGCAUUUCAAAAACAUCACUGGGAGAUCUCACAAAAAGGAUAAGGGGAAUAAAAGAGAUCACAAUGGAAAAAAUGAUCUUACUACUAACAAUGAUAAAGAUAUAGAAAAGGAUGAGCAACAACAGAAAGAGGGGGAAUAUCAAAACAGUGAGCAUGUGGAGGAUAUGGAGGAUGAUAAUAAGAAAAUUCAUGAACAUAACAUACCAACUCAGAGCAAAAGUGGAAAUGAAGACAAUAGAGAGAACAAUAGUGAACAAAACAAGCAGGAAGAAAUGGAAGGAAAUCAGGAUACUGAAGAGAAAAAUGUCAAUGGGGACCAAUUAUCUCAAGAAAGCAAGGCGAUGGAAUACAAAGAAGAGAAUGAAAAGAUGGUUCAAGAAUCACUAGAAAGAAAAGUGAUAGAUAAGAAAGAGGAAGUUAAAGGGGUCUUGCCUAAUGAGUCCAAUUCAGCUAUUUUUGUUCAGAUCAUUCUUGAACACAUUGGCCUUUUCUUCACUGCGGAGGUUGAACCAAUUUUCAAAACAUAUGGAUAUGUUGUAGAUGAGAAUUUGUCUAAUGAGGUUGUAAAGAAGUUAGACCAAGAGAUAACUGAGUUAAAUGGAAAACAAAAUGAAGAAAUGAAUUAA